UAAUCCAGUGUCAGUGCUUUGGAGGAACCCUCUCCUCCUCCCACAUCCUCCCACAGUGGAUGCAGGAUAGUGGUCCUGAGCUCUGCCGGCAGACACAAGUGGCCGCGAUCAUCGCGAGGACACUCAGAAAUUACCAUCUGGGAUCACAAUUCUGUCCUUGUUGUUUUUUUUUCUUCUUCUUUUUCUUCUUCUUCUUUUCUUCUUCUUGUUCUUGUUCUGGCUUUCUCCCCCCUCCCACACCACCUCCAAAUCCUUCGCUAAUCCCCCCUGAUUCAUGACAGCAUGGCGAAGGUCGGACUUGCACAUUUGGGAUGAUUUUAACAAUGGUUCGAUUCAAAUGUACGUUUCCACGGAGCUGCAGCUGAGGUUUCAUUUAAAGUCCGACUGGAUUCUCACAGCGUGAUGGAUACAAAUGAGUUCGCAGUACUGAAACUUUUUGUUGUUGGGAUUUUGGUCAAUGCCUGGAUGAUGAGAGGGUUGUCAGCCGCUGACAGUUUCAACAUAGAGCCCACUCCCCCCCGGCCGAGGAAAGCCUGCAAUGAGUCCCGUCUGAAGUGGGAGGUGGAGGUCUGUGGAGAGGAAUUCAAGCGGGACAUGGGUCACAUAGAUCCACACUACUGGUGUAACCUUACACACUUCAUCAGUGAGUACCACCUCUUCACCGUCUGCACAGAGUCAAAGUCCCACAUGGUCAGCUGCUACUGGCCCAAUCCGCUGGUGGAGAGCUACAUUAUCCGCAUACACAAGCACUUUUUCUCCAACUGCACCAUGGACCAGGUGGUAUGGGUGGACCCGCCGGAUGACACGUUAACCCUCCUCAUCCUCAUCCCUGUUUUCCUCACACUGGCCAUGAUCGCCCUGGUGGUCUGGUGCAGCAAGAGGAGUGAUAUCCUGGCUUAGGAGGAGGGGAAGACGGAAGAGGAUGGAGAAGAGCGGAUGAAGGACGGAGUUCAAGAUCUCAACCUCUCCACUAAAACUAUACUGUACAAAGGAGUGCACAGAGGUUUUGGUUGGUUGGUCAAAUUACCCUAUAAGUGGCGCCGCAAACCACCUUAACCUUCUGUGGAAAUGAGGAAAGUAGUACCUGGUAGUACAAAGUAACAUUUUCUUUCAUAUUUAAAUAUGUUAUGUGAUUUUUCACAGUUCUGACAUUGACUCAACAUGUUCAACUGUUCAACUUAACAGUUGCAUUUUUGGGACAUACUUAUUUUUCUUGCACUGUAAAUAUGUAGCCGAAGCCAACAGCUGGUUAUCUUAGCUUAGCAUAAAGAAUGGAAACAGGGGGAACAUGAUGUGAAAAAUCACAACGUGUCACUUUUACACUUUGGUUUUAGUACGGAUUUGACAAACAAGAUAAAACAUGUCAGUUGGUGAGCUUUACAGGUGCUAGUACUGUAGGUCGAUUUUGUUAGCUUUGGACAGAGCCAUACUAGCUGUUUCCCCUUGUUUCCAGCCUUAAGCUAAGUUAAGCUAACCAGCUGCUGACUGUAGCUUCUUAUGUAGCGUACAUGCAUGAAAGUGGUAUCAAUCGUCUCAUUUAACGUCCGACAAGACAGCGAAUAAGCAUAUUUCCCAAAAUGUCUAUUCCUUCAAGACACAGAGGACUGUGGUCGUUUGACAUCAGUUAUUGGGUAAAUUGACCAGAGGGAGAAUCAAUCAAAUCUUGGUGCAUUCUUUAAAGCACAUGCAUGGAUCCGGAGCGUUGACCUCGGAGAAUCUUGUCAGAGCACUGAACCUUUGCUGAAGGCCAAAGUAUCCGCCAAGCAUCAGAGGCAAUGACCGAAGUCUAAGCUGGUGGGAAAAGAGACUCUCAGAGGACACCAUUUGUUAAAUAUUUUAACAUAAUACCGUAUGAUGGCUUGGAUUUUUUUUAAAGAAGCCAAAUUUGGACUUAAUAUUGAUUCUGCAAAUUUGAUCUUACUGUUGAGUUACAGAAUUGAUUGUCACCACUGGAACAGAUACACUGGUGUGCAACCAAAAGACAAGGCAAUACUAUGAUUCAUUUUGGGACUUACAUUUCUUGUGUGACUACCUGAGCCUCAUGGGACUGUUUUAUAACAGUGUAACUUAUCAGAUCCUGUUCUAUGAAUUACUGUUAAUACUCACAAAGAGGGGGUUCUCAAUGGAAACAGAACUAUGAACUGACAUUGAGACCUCGCACUGUACAGUCAUGCUCUCUGUUUGUGCUGUCUACUGUUUCUGCAUUGCCUCUCCAGCAUUACCCAGACAAGUGAGAAAUACACACUGAUGCUUUGAAGUGAAUUCCUUUGGGGAAAGGCUUGAUUUAAUGUACACACUUCAUUGGUUCUUUGAACUGCAGUCCUCAACAGCCACGAGGCAAACUAAACCAAGCACUGCUUUUUUAUUUUCUUCCAAAGCAAAGUUUGUCAGCUCUCACCUGCACACUUUUGUCUAUGGAACUGAUUAAAUCUCUCUUAAAAUAAGUGGUUGCUUGCCUUCAUUGCAUGCACAAAGCAAGUACACAGAAAACAGACCUUUUGAUAAACUAAAAUCCUGUGUUUCUGCGAGGCAGCUGUCUGUUGACUUCUGUUUGAUUCAGCCAAAAAAGUGUAUCUCUUGAUUUGAUUAAAAAAAAAAAACCUUGCCUAACACUUAACACAUAAUGAAUUUAGAUAAACUCUUAGAUUCAAGCAAAAAACUGUGAAAGUAUAUGUCAGAUUGCUAGAAAACUCACAAAAUGAUUUAUUUGGGUGCUCUCUACAUCAUAAAAUAACACAAUAUUUAAGAAUUAAAUUACUAUGACAUUAACUUUGAGAUAUUCUACGAUAUGUAAACCAACAAUGCCACCUGGCUUUACUAGCCUCCUUACAUUUGCUCGGAUUUGACCAUUAUGGCACAAAGGUUCAAAUGGAACACUGCAGUAAAGAGAUUCUGCCAGUAUAGGAAUUAACUUGCCUCUCAUCUUAUCUGGUGUCAGUUAAAGAAUAAAGUACUGAUGUUAAAGUUAUAAUUCUCAAGAUUUUCAUUAAACAAAAUCCCACUUUUCAAGCACUCAAUUUAUUGACAUUCUGUAACUACCUGUCUAUACAGUAAUGGCGGAGUCUGCCAUUCACGUGCUGGAUUUGACCCUGUUUUAAUUAAAGACUUGACUCUCUGGGGAGUUUUUUCAGUAGCAUUGUUUUUGUGUAAGCUACUAUUGAAGGAGCUUCAGCCCAGCACAGGGGUCAUGAGCUUAUGCAAAGUCAUCUAAAACAAACACUCACAUGCUCCACAUUCAGUACGUGUCAUGAUUCAUCACACAGUCUACAGGUGUUUCCUCCAUGAAACAAUAAUGCCUGGAAUAUGUCCUCUCUGAAGUCAUCCAGAAGCUGCCACCUGAGCGGUCCCUGCUCACAUAUAAAACCUGCCUUGUUAUUGAAAUCCUCUUUUUAAUUCAUGUCAUGUGUCAUAUGAGAUGUGUGUGUCUGUGUAGGAUCAGACCAUACAACGGAAAACUGGCACUUAAUACCCGAAGCUGCUGACACAUCCAAUCUCUGAUCUAUCCAAUCUGCAGUGUGUCAUAGUAGCGUGAAAUUAAGAAUUUCUCAACUUUAUUAAGCCAUGCAUAUUAACUAUGUUCUGCAACAUUAUCAGAAGAAAAGUGUCACAAUUCCUAUGACAAAGAUACAUUUGAAUUGACAUUGGGGUUUCAAUAUUAUGAUGAAGUGUCAUAUUUACAGCAGGGAUGCACCGAAUACAGGAUUCAUCAAUGUUUUAUAAUUUUUUAGCACCAUUUAUCAUACAGACAUACAUAACAAUUUCCACAAUACAUGCCAGGUAAUGUCAAGUGGUGCAUAGAACAGAUAAACACAAAUUGAACAAGAACAAAAACCCUCUCCCACCCAAAACAAAAGAAACAAACAAACAAAAUUACACCUUGCCUAGUCGCUCUCCUCUAGUUCUUGUGGCGUUGAGGUCAUUAGGUCUGAACGAGUAUGCCCGACUGCCACCUACUCGGCCGUCGGCGGAGUUUUCUGCACCGCGGACCAGCGCCCCGGUCAACUGCCCACAUUAUUCUGACCAGAGGUCUGUGUUCGAGAACUCUGGCAAACCAGCUUCUCAUCAGCCAUUGUCUUUUUCCAUUCAAACUUAUCAUCUUUCACCGGUGGGUAACUGACGUUAAACCAAAUGACUCUGAUGAAAACAAGUCUAAAUACGUUUUAAGCACAUCAAGACUUUUAAUAACUAUCCUAUAUCCUCCUAUUGCAACAGACUUUUUACUGCUGUACCGCAACCACAGCGUAUGUUUUUACCUACAACUUGCGACUAUUUUCCCCACUUUAGUUUUCCAGCUCUGACUACUCUCACUCCCCCAUUUCUUCCGACUUUACCUUCCGAAACAUCUUCUCUCUGUCCUAUAGUCAAAACAGUUAAAGCACAAAGAAAAUCAUCCAAGAAAAAGUCCAACUAAUCUAAGUCAACUUGGUAGCACCAGAGGCUUUAAAAUCUGCCACUUAAACACCCAAAGCCUUGCUCCCAAACUAGACAAAUUUAAAAUCUUGCUUGCGUAGUCGAAAGCACAUGUAAUGGCAAUCUCAGAAUCAUGGUUAACUCCCAGUAUUCCUGAUUCUUUUCUUUCCAUUGAAAAUUAUGAACUGUGUCGUAAAGACCGCACUGGCAAAACCAGCGGCGGAGUGGCUUUCUAUGUGAGUCAGAAAUAUGCGCACCUAAUAUCAAAAUUUGAAACUGAAACUGAAACAUUAAAACUGGUAGUACAUUUUUUACACCCCAACACGCAUCACCAUUAUUGUCACCUACAAGCCUCCAAAUGUCAGUGAAAGUGUCUAUCUAUCUCAGCUUUCUGACAUAAUUAAAUCUGUUACAACAAAGGAGCUUGUAAUUCUGGCUCAAUAUCAACCUUGACUGGAAUGAUGGCUCAACAAAAUCUUUUAAAGCCACUGCAACGUAACUCAGACUUUAUCAAUUAAUCAAGGAUCCAACAAGAAUUGGCAAAACAAGCAGCUCAAUUCUGGAUCUUAUUUUCACUAAUCAGCCCUCAAAAUAUGUAAUGUCUGGUGAUAUAUAUUAUAUAUAUAUAUUUCAGAUCAUUCGCUCAUCUAUGCAGUUAGGACAAUCCUAAAAUCUUCUAAAACUCAUGCCCCCCACUCUGUACCAAAAAUACCAAUUUCAAAACUAUCUAAAUUCAAUGCUGAAUUCAGUGCUACUGAUUGGAGCAACAAGCUGUGACUGGAAAAUACAGAACAAAUUCUAAUGUAAUUUCACACUAAAUGUUAGAAAAUACAGAAUAAAUAUACCUCUGCCAGUAUGGUUCGACCUAGGCAGAGUAAAUUACCAUGGAUACAUUCUAAGAUAUUUCAGCUCCUUAAAACAGAAGGCCUGUCUUAUUAAAAUGUAAAGUCGAACACCAGAGAGCAAAAAUAAUUUAAUAGAAAUGAAUGUACUGUUGAACUGCAUAAGGUAUAAGGUGUCUAUUUCCAACAGCAGAUUACCCAAUCUGCUACCAACCCAAAGACAUUAUGGCAGACCCUUAAGGUUAUCACUGGCAAAAAUGAGAAGAAAAAGAAUGUUAAUAUUCAAAUUUAAUUUCAGAUUAAGAAAAGAUUGCAAGUGCUUUCAAUGACUAUUUUAUAUUGUCUGUUAAAGAAUCUCUUACCUGUUCUCUCUUCAACAUCUGAUCAGUUCUAAUUUUCUGAAAUCUCACAGAACGAGGUGAUAAAAAUACUGCACUCACUAAAAUCAUACUCUUGUUUCAAACUACAGACCUACAGCAAUACUUCCCACAAUGUCUAAGUUGCUUGAAAAAGCCUAGCAUAACCAGUUAAGUUCUUACCUAGAAACUAACAAUUGGCUCAGUGAUUGUCAACAUGGUUUUCGCGCUAAGAGAUCAACCAUGCCGGCAUUACUACUUUUCACUGAACAAUUACGUGACUCUCUUAACAAAGGUCACAUCACUGGAGCUAUUUUUAUUGACUUUCGUAAAGCCUUCGGCACAGUAAACCAUCAGAUCGUGCUUAACAAACUUCACUCAUUCAAAUUGUCUUCAUCUGUAAUAGAAAUGCUUUCUUCCUACCUGAUGAACAGGUUGCAACCUGUCAAAAUUAAUCAUGUAACAUCCCAACCUUUAGUCUGUGAUAUGGGCGUUCCAUAAGGCAGCAUCAAUGAUCUCCAUCAAGUGUGUAAACACUCAAAAUGCUUACUGUACACUGAUGAUACUGUGAUUUUUCUCUGUGACUCAAAUCCUGAUGUCAUAAACUCUAAAUUAUCAUCUGAUCUUCAGUUCUUACAUGACUGGUUGAAAAAUAACCAUCUGACCAUCAAUGUAAAGAAAACAGAAUGUAUGUAUUUUCACUCACCCAGAAAAAGUCUUUCUUUUACUGAUUCUAUUACCUUUGCAAACCAAGAUCUUGUCUUUUACUGAUUCUGUUACCUUUGCAAACCAAGAUCUUGUCUUUUACUGAUUCUGUUACCUUUGCAAACCAAGAUCUUGUCAUCACAAAGACUUACAAAUAUCUUGGUGUGCUACUUGAUUCACACCUUACAUACCGGGAACACGUUUCUAACUUAACAAAAAAGCUUAAUCAGAAACUUUGUGUAUUACAAGAUUAGAUCAUAUAUUUCCUUUUCUGUUUCUGAAACCUACCUACAUGCAAUUGUGUUUUCAACAAUGUCCUACUUUUUUCCAAUCUGGUCUCUUACCACAAAGGAAAUUACUGAACCGAUUGACCUUUUUCAUGGCAGACAUGUUGACAUGUCAUAGUAGGAAAAGCACAGGUGUAUUCAAAAACAUUAAUUCUGGCUGCAUUCCACUUAGGAGAGGACCUGGUAUUGUGCAUGCUGACUCACUGAACUAGCUUAAUGGGACACUUGAUGGAAUUGAGCCAUUGUUAAGGUUAUAAAUUUCAGCUGUGCUUUUCCUACUAUGACAAGUCAAAAUGUCUGCUGUGAAAAAGGUCCAUAGGACGACAAUACAAUCGUGCUCUCAAGAUCCACAGUGAUUUCCCAAAGUGGUCUCACCAUUGCAUUGCACUCACACGCUCAAAAGCUCUGUCUUACCAGAAAUACAUAAACAGCCAUGCUAUUGCAUUUUAUUUUCAGAUUCAAAAUAGCACUUCGCCAACCCUUGCUGCACUUCUCCCGACACACAAUAUGAGACCAGUAAGCAUUACUAGGUCAGUUUCACAGGCAUUCAUUCCAGUUCCCCCAUACAAAAACAACUAUGGUCAGAAAUCCUUUUUUCACACAUACACCAAAAUUUUGAAUGACAUUCCUCAUCACAUUAGAACACUACCAUCCAUCACAUAUUUCAAAAAGGCAUACAAACUGUUCAUUCUCAACAGUUACACUUGCACAGAUUGAUUGUUCAUGUAUUCUAGUGUUGUUUCUAUUGUUGUUUUAUGUGUUUGCAUCUGUCUAGCCCAUGCUAAUGCCCUGUACAAAUGUUACUGUCCUCAUGUGCCGUAACUAUGUUCAAUGUUUUAUGUUUCUGCAGAACAGGAACCUGCUGCAAACCAGUUUUUAAACUAAGCCAGGCCCGUUUAUAUUGUAACUUAUUGUUACUUUUAAAUUUUUCCUGUAUAAUAAACAAAAUAUGAAAAAUGAAAA